GUUCUCCUUCCUGGGACAGGCUCUCUUUCUCUCCCCCCCCCCCUUCCCCCUACAAUUCCUGGCCUCUUCAGAGGCCGAGGGGGAAGGAGAGAAUCACAUGGGAGACUUGGAUGGCUUUUGUCCCGGGAGCUCCAUCAGGGUCCCCAGGCUACUCGUUUUCAGGGUGGAUGCCUUUGUCCUUUCAGGAUAAUGAAGGGCUGGAAGAGAUUUAUUUUAUAGUAAAACGUGUUCAUUCUACAGAAGAAAAAACUGAGGCUGGGAGAAGUUCUCUGCUCGUCAUCACAAAAAGUAAGAAACAAGCAGGUCUUCCCGUUUACUCCAGGAUUGAGCCCAUCUCGGGCUGCCCCAGCCUGCCCCUAUGGGUCCCAUUUCAGUGAGAGGCUGGAAAGAGCCUAUAACGAGGGAAGCAGCCACUCUAGGGCUUCAUCCGCCCACAUGAUCUAGAAGUUGGAACCAAAACGCCUUGACCUAACAGGCAGGCACUUUUGCUAGUCUUUACAGUUGGGCUCGCCCAACUGUAAGACCCGGUUCUCAUAAACGCAUGCGUAGUUUAAUCUUCUUGCCAGCGUUGCUUGGCUUCAAUUGUCUCCAGUAUUAAAUUGGUUCUCACUGCUGGGCCAUUGCUGUUGAAAAGUCUCUGAGGGUCUGGAGGAGGCAUAGAGGCUCAGGGAGGAGCCGCCACGAGUCCUCUCGCCUUUUCAUAUCAAUAUGUUACCCAAAAUGUUUAAUUUCGGGAGCAAAAAAAUUCAGCCUCAGUCUUGCUCUUCCACCCAACCACGCAGGGACAUCGGGGUCGAUGGAACAAGUUGCUCUGAAGGUUAUCACCUCAGAGAUAAGGAUAUGGGGAGGAUCCACAGAGCAGCUUCUAUAGGAAAUGAAGCAAAGGUGGAGGAGCUGCUCCUGCAAAAAAAGUAUGAGAUCGACGAACCUGAUAAAAUGAACCGGACACCUCUGCACCUGGCCUGUGCCAGUGGAUAUCCAGAUGUUGUGUCUCUCUUAGUAGAGAGAAAUUGCAGCCUAAAUGUGUGUGACAGUGAAAAUCGAACUCCCUUAAUUAAGGCUGUACAGUGUCAGCAGGAGGAGUGUGUAGGUAUCCUGCUCAGCCAUGGUGCAGACCCCAAUGUUGUGGAUACCACAAGCAACACUGCCCUUCACUACGCUGCCCUUGGUGACAACACAACCAUAGCAGUAAAGCUGCUUGAACACCAUGCUGAUAUUGAAGCAAAAAACCAGACAGGUUAUACACCAUUGAUACUUGCAGUUAGAAAACAUAAUGAAGCAAUGGUAGAUGUUUUAUUAAAGAAUGGAGCAGAUGUGAAUGCCUGCGAUAAUUCUAAAAGAACAGCCCUCAUGAUUGCUCUCAGUACUAGUACUAAACCAACAAACAUCAUUAAUCUUAUUCUUGAAUAUGAUGUUGACCUCUCUUGCCAAGAUGAUUAUGGAUGGACAACUAAAGACUAUGCUUCUGUCAGCGGUGUUCAUCUUCAUCGUGACCUAGUUCUUCAACAUGAGAAAAGGAAGCUUGAUCAACCCCUUUCAGCCGGAAUCAGUAGUACAGAUGGGGGUUCUGAUACUGGAUUUACUUUGAGUGCACAUGCCUUGGCCAAAGAAGAUACUGAGGAUGAAAAAAAGCCACAUGGAGUAGGAGGACCAGGGGACAGAGAAGCAGGUUUGAAUGAUAUGAUGUCAGCAUUAGGAUUAGAAGAGAAGGAAGAUAGACAAUCACCCAGGGAUCCAAAGUUGAAAUUGACAAGAAGGAGAAACCUAACUGAAGAAGAAGAAAGAAGAUCUUGAAAAGCCAUUGUCCUCCAUCUCUCUGCUUCAGAGUCACAGUUUGUGACUGGACUAUUUUCUCAAUUUUACCUCAGUUAUACUAGGAACUUCCUCAUCCCCCUUACCUCAGUUUCCCAUCCUGUUAUCCCAAUAAACCCCUUAUCUGAGAAAGAAACUUGGAAUAUUUUAUAAUUCACUGAGGGGGGAGGGAAAAUUGGGAGGAGAAGGGUGGCAAUAGGAAGAGGGUUGGAGGAGGGAGUGAGGGAGGUAGGAGAUCAAGAAAUAGAUCAGCCAUUGUUAGGGAUCAAUAGGCAGACCCCAGAGUAAACCCCAGGGCAGUCCCUUAUGAGCAGUGUCCUCAGUGUACCAGCAUCUCUGUGUGUAGUGGCAUCUCCCCCAGCAGCAUUUCUCUGUCCUCUAUUACCAAUAAGCAGCCUCAGGUUCCCUCAGCAGUUUUAGGUCCCUGUAGCAGCCUCUCUAGCCACAGCCAUUGUGAGGAAACAGUUACCUCAGUUCAUCCUCUCUAACUCAAGAAGUAACAGCUUCCUCUCAGUUUACCUUCUCUAGUUCAACAAGUAAUAAGUUUCCCUCAGCUUAUUUCUUUAUUACACACCUUAAUUCCUUACCAACUUCAAAAUGCCAUUCAUUCCUUCAUUCAUUUAGUCAAGCAAUCAUCCAUUGAGCAAAUGCCAUUAUACCAUAUGUUGUCCUAGGAAUUAAUAUUUCAAAAUAUAACAGACUUUAGACAAAGCCUGAGCACAUAACCUGCCUCCCUACAACAAGAACAACUCUAAGAGGUGAGCUAGGACAUAGGUGCAUAAAAGAUGAUUUCCUGGUCACCUAUGAUCAAAUUUUUGCACAACUUAUAAUCACAAUUGUGGGGGAUACAAAGAGAAAUGGCAGAGUAAGAUAUAGUAAAACCAGAAAGACAUCAUGAAAAAGGUAAUAAUUAGGGCUUAAUGAUAAAGUCAAAUUUUGAUUGACAGAAAGAAGUAAGGAAAAGGCUCAGAGAGAGACUAGGGAGGAGGAAGUAAAGAUGCAAGCAAGGACUUUAAAGAGGGAUGUUUGGCAGAUGGUUUGUAACAGAGAACAUGGGUUAUUCUCUAUAAGAUAGUGUCAGAUGAGGCCUCAACUGAUAAACUUUAGGAUUUGAUUUGUAUAAAGGAGUCAUUGUAGCAUCUUAUGAAGGAUAACUUUUUGAUAAUUUGUAUUUAAGGAAACCCAUUUGUGAUCAUUAUAGAUUAACUGGAGCAGGGCUAUGUUAUAGGCAAAUAGAUGUAGAUUUAAUAAGUUGAAAGGGAUGAAAUGAACUCAAGUGACUGUGAAAAUAGAAAAGUUUAAAUAAUAACUUGUUCAUUUUAGAUUAAGAUUGAACAGUAUGUAGUGAUUACUCAGCUACAGAGGGCAAAGGAGAGAACUAAAUUUUUAAAGCUGUGAAGCUGUAACAAAUGUCAAUAUCAUGAAUAGAAAUUGGGAAGUUAGAAAGGGUCGGGGAGGGGACCUUCUGUUAUGACAGGUUAUGGUAACUUUAAUGUUUGUUCUCAGAAAACAUUUAACUGGAACUGUGCCAUAGAUUGAUAAAAUUUUAGAUACUUGAGAGUAAAAUUUGGUAGGUCUCCCUGUCUCCUGGCAAAAGGAGGUUAGAAAUGUGGAUGGCAGAAAAAUCCCUCUUGUAUUUGAGGGAUGAGGGAGAUUAACUCUCAGCUCUAUAUAGGAAGCAAUCAAAGACAAGGGAAUGAAUUGCGAAGACAAGAAAAGGGCAAUGAGUAUGCUUAUGCUUAUUAAGUGCAUAUAAAAUGGAAAAUGGAAACAUUUUUAUUAGCAGGUAUCAUAUAAAGAAUCAAAAGAGGUUUGGUGGCCAUUUUAUCUAUUAAAGACAUCAAGCAUGAGGACAGGAAAUGAAAUUAAGAGAAAAAAAUAUAAUCUCAGGGUGGAACACCUCUAGAGAUGGGAGUAAUUGCAUUGAUUACACAGCUGUCAACAAUGAGUUAUUCAGUACAAAAGAUGUGGGUGAUGUGAUUAAGCUAAAAUUUUGUGUUUGUGUGAUAUUUGGGGAAAUAUUUAGAAAUUUCAGAAGGCUAAGUCAUCUCUUUUUUCCAGAGUUCAAACACACAUGCACACACACACACAAACCUAUAUCAGUUUGCACUUUCUAGACUUCCCUCAAUCAAAAUAGAAUAUAGAAAAUAGAAAAUAGCUUUAUAAAAUGUAUACUGCACUUUUAGCCCCAAAAUAGCUUUAUUCUCCCAUAUUGUUAGCAUCUAGGUAAAGAGUUUUUUAAAUGUACAAUAAAAUAUUUUAACUGAUAGCAAUAAUAACUGGAAGACAGGAUAAAAAUAAUUGCUAUGACAGUCAUAAUAUUUUAUAGUACACUUAUAGUUCAUUUUAUAUCUUAGAAUUUUAUCAUUAUUUAUAAUUACAUCAUUUCUGUAUUAAAAAAGUGUACUCCAGCAUAAAAUUUUAAAUUUAGUUGUAUUUGCUCAUGUUAUUUCAUCUCAAGACAGAAGCAUAAAUUGGCAAAGUAUAGUGUGAGGUUGUCCUUUUGGAGAAAAUGUUACAUAAAAACAUUUAUUUUCUGUAGAAUUCUCAUUUCUCUCUAAGAGGAAACUCUUCAUACUGUCUGAGCAGAAAACAUCUAUUUCAGUUCUCUACAGUGAACUUGCUAACUAUGUUGUUGAUCUUUUCCUUGCUUAAAUGUGCCUCUGAAAGUCCCCAAAGGAUCUGCAAGGAAUGGAUCUGCAGCCAGUCAGCAAACAAUAAAAUAAAGUAUUUCAAGUGAACAACUUGAAGUUAGAUAUUAUAUAAUUAGUUAAAAACUAAUUAUAUAAAAAAACAAUAUUUUAAUGUGGCUUCUAAAAGUGGAUGCAGGGCUGGGAAAGGAACUUACUAUCAAUUGGGUAUAAGAUAAAGAAGUACAUGAAGUCUUUGUGCCACUAAGCAGAAUCACUGGAAUCUUGUUUGAACAAAAUCAGAAAAAGAGAAAAUUAAAAAAGGAUUGUAUUGGGAGAAAAAUCAUGAAGGAGAGUAGAAGUGUUCAAAAACAGAAAGAUAAAAAUGAUCACUUACCCCAAGGACCUAUGAAUUUUGUGGUGAAAAUUUAUUACCUGAGACAUACAUUUCUUGAGAAAGGGCUCCAGUUUCACAACUCUGACCUCGGGUUUAGGACUAGAAGACCUCAAGCCUUGAGAUCAGAUCCCUUAUAAAGGUACUUUUGAGCCCAAAACAUAUCAGAACCCUUACUUACAGGGUUGAGGAAUCAGAAGUGACUUGACAGAGUGCCAUGAAAACAGAGUGUACAAUUUAGCAAGUGUCUUCUGGAUGCUGUGGAAGCCUUCUAUGACAACCUUGAUGGUAAUUUCACAGAGUGUAAAAAGCCUAGAACAAUAACAGAACAAGAGAAAGAAUAUAUAAAAUAUCAUGAAAUCAUAACAUAUUGAGACAUCUUGAUUGAUUGAAUACAUGUUAUAACAUGUAUAAUAUAUGGAGAUGUCCAUACUGAAAUGCUAGUAUGGAUCUCUUAUAAAAGCAUAAACAAUUUCUACUUCAUGGCUUGCCAACAAAUUGACACAGAGCAACAUUGAAUUUAUCAUAGUUCUGACAAUUCUAUUAUUAGAAACUUGUGGAUUUUACAGUUCAGGAGUAGAAUCAUUCAUACUGAUGCCUGAUGUUAGGGUAGGUUUAAUGUCAGGAGAGUCAUCCACAGUUACAGUGUUUACCACUCCACUGUUGUCUGUAGGAAAAAUAAUAAAGUCUAUGAAGAGUGAAAGUCCACCAAGAUUAAAUUAGGAUCCAGAUAAUAGAGUAAACAGUUCUCACAGAUGUCAAACAAAACAGGUUGUAGUUGUAUACUUGCAGAGAACAAUGCAACAGGAAGUUGAAUAGGAUCCAAAAUGUUUGUACUAUCUUGGAAAAGUGCAUGCCUAAAAGAUAUAUUUAAAGAAAAACUAUAUCAUCUGUUUAGAAGCAGGUUAAAAUUUAGAAAAUUGAAUUAUACAAGUUUAUGAUUAUCUUAACAAGAAUAAGAAUUCAUGAAUGAUUAGGACCCAUUUAAGAAUGAAUUGUAAUAAGUCACCUCUUAAACCAUGAGGAUGGAUUCAAUCAAGAAGUAGUGUCCUUAUCUACAUGAGUCUGUUGUGCUAUCUACAAAGUAUUAUUUAACAAUUUUUUUUGUAAUUCCCCAAUGUCAUUGAUGAUAUCUCCUGAAUAAUUUAUAUAUGAACAAGAUGAAUAAAUAAUUAUACAUAAGCUCCUCGGGCAGCUGUCAAGAGUUCUUUUUAUUUCCCAUGACUAUAUGAACAACUGAGCCAAGUUCAACCUGAAGCUUGUACAGAGCAUUAGAUGUAUGUAAAAUAGUAGCUGCUGUAUUCUGAGCCAAUCCCUCAAGUUUAGAGGACAAAUUCUUUACAGAAUCUACUGCUGUGAUCCCUAUGUUAGGAAUAAGUGCCCAUAAAAAUUUGUACCCAGGGCCAUUUCCACAUGCUACUACUAGGAAUUUUCCCAAAAAUGGGAUUUCUUCUCUCAAUGCCACCAUGCUCCCAAGUUUCUUGUAAAUCUAACCCUAACAAGACAUUUUGUAUGUUGUUUUUUAUAGUCACAGUUGAAAUCCAAUAAGCUAUUACAUAAGUGCCAUCCCAAGGGAAGAGAUGAAAAGACUUGACCAACACAGACAAAAAACUGUCCAGGGGUCCCUAGUCCCCAGGAUAGUGCUAGAAUAGGCUUUGUCUUAUAUCUUACAGUAGCAAAAGUAAUAGUAGAAAGAUUUUCUUAGAAUGACGUUUUGGUAUCGGCACAAAUAAAAGAAGUUAAAUUGCUUUCAAGAAGAAUCUCAAAGAUCAGGUUUCAGUUAAUGUUGUAGCUUAGGCUAAUGUUACUUUAAGGAGUCCUGUGUUGGGCCACAUAUAAAGUGAAAUUUGGCAAUGGAUGCAAAACCCUCACAGGAGGAAUCCUGGCCUUAAAGUUAAUGUAAGUUUGAUAUAAGGAACCAGUAGUAGUGAUAUAGAGUCUAACCUGGCCCAAAGGAAUAAUAUCUAUAGAUAUUGGGGUUUUCUGAUCUGAAAUAUAAGAGUACAUUUUAAGUACAUAAUUAAGAGUACAUAUUUCAUAGGCAAAUAGGGCAAAGGGACCAAAAUAUGAUAACUUCAAUCCAAGUAUCAGGAGUAAAGAUCCUCCUAAGCUUGCUGGUACCACUGACCAUUUUUGUAAACAUUGUUGAUGGAUUUGUGGACAGAUUCAAUAGCCUUGAGGGCCUAUAUGAUUAACUUGGUAUAAAUUAUAACCUAUGUAACUAUGUAAUCUAAUAACACAGUUAUUCGAGGUCCACUUGUUUGUCAAUUUAUAAGCUUUCUCAGAGAUUUUAUAAUUACUCUUAGUAGCAUGGUUUGUUCACCUGUAGAGUUUAGCCAUCAUAGAUGGCUCAUAUUUUUUCAAUUGUUAUUUAUUUAUUUUUAAGUAUUUUUCCAUGGUUCCAUGAUUCAUGUUGUCCCCCUCCCCUUUAUCCUCCUCACUCCCAGAGAUAACAAUCAGUUCCACUGGGUUAUAAAUAUCUUAUUGUUCAAUGCCUAUUAUAUUAUUCAUUUUUGUAAUACUCUUUUAAAACCAAAACCCCAAGUAGUAUACCCACAUAAACAUGUGAUAAUCAUAUGUUUUUCUUCUGUGUUUCUGCUCCCACAGUUCUUUCUCUUGAUGUGGAUAGCAUUCUUUCUCAUAAGUCCCUCUGGAUUGUCCCGGAUCAUUGCGUUGAUAUUAGUAUAUUUGAUUGUCUCAUAACAUUUCUGUUACUAUGUUCAAUAUUCUCUUGGUUCUGCUCAUUUCACUCCACAUCAUUCUAUCUUCCCAGUUUUUAUUGAAAUCAAGUAGUUCAUCAUUCCUUAGAGCACAAUAGUAUUCCAUCACCAUCAGAUGCCACAAUUUGUUUAGUCAUUCCCCAAUCAAUAGACACCCCCUCAUUUUCCAAUUUUUGCCACAACAAAAAGCACGGCUACGAAUAUUUUUGCACAAACAUUUUUCAUUGUUAUCUCUUUAGGGUACAAACUUAGUAGUGUAUUGCUGGAUUAAGGUGUAUACAUUCUUUUUUUUUUUCUUAAACCCUUACCUUCUGUCUUAGAAUCAGUGCAUAGUAUUGGUUCCAAGGCAGAAGAGUAGUAAGGGUUAGGCAAUUGGGAGUGAAGUGACUUGCCCAGGUUCACACAGCUAGGAAGUGUCUGGAGCCAUAUUUGAACCUAGGUCCUCCUGUCUCUAGGCCUUGCUCUCAAUUCACUGAGCUACCCAGCUACCUCCAGAAUACAUUCUUUUAUAAACCUUUGGGCACAAUUCCAAAUUAACUUCCAGAAUGGUUGGAUCAAUUCACAUCCCAACCAGCAAUGCAUCAGUGUCCCAAUUUUGCCACAACUUCUCCAACAUUUAUUAUUUUCCUUUACUGUCAUAUUGGCCAAUCUGCUAUGAUACCUCAGAGUUGUUUUGAUUUGCAUUUCUCUAAUUGAGAGGGAUUUAAAACACUUUUUCAUGUGAUUAUUGAUAGUUUUGAUUUCUUCAUCUGAAAAAUGCCUAUUCAUAACACUUGACCAUUUGUCAACUGGAGAAUGGCUUCAUUUCUUGUACAUUUGGCUAAGUUCCUUGUACAUUUGACAAUUGUCAGAUAUUUUUGUUAUAAAAUUUUUUAACCAGUUUGUUGCUUCCCUUCUAAUUUUGGUUGCAUUGGUUUUGUUUGUAGAAAACCUCUUUAAUUUUAUAUAAUCAAAAUUAUUCAUUUUACAUCUUGUAAUGUUCUCUGUCUCUUGCUUUAUCUUAAAUUCUUCCCUUUCCUUAGAACUGACAGUUAUACUAUUUUAUGUUCCCCUAAUUUACUUUUAAUUUUGUUCUCUAUAUUUGUCAUAUACCCAUUGUGAAUUUAUCUUGGUAUAGGGUAUAAGGUUGAUUGAAACCUAAUUUUCCCCAUACUGUUUCUCAAUUUUCCCAGCAGUUUUUGUCAAAUAGUGAGUUUUUGUCCCCAAAGCUUGAUUUUGGGUUUAUUCAACACUAGCUUGCUGAGGUAAUUUACCCCAAGUCUAUUCCAUUGAUUUACCCUUCUAUCUCUUAGCCAGUACCAGAUUGUUUUGAUGAUUACUGCUUUAUAGUACUCAGUUUUAGAUCUGCUACUGGCUAAGCCACCAUGCUUCAUAUUUUUUUCAUUAGUUCCCUUAAUAUUCUUGAUCUUUUGUUCUUCCAGAUGAACUUUAUUUUUUAAUAAUUGUAUAAAAACUUUUUGGUAGUUUGAUAGGUAUGGUACUGCACAUGUAAAUUAAUUUAGGUAGGAUUGUAAUUUUUAUUAUAUUAGCUCAUCCCACCCAUGAGCAAUUAAUGUUUUUCUAAUUGUUUAGAUCUAGUUUUAUUUGUGUGGAAAAUGUUUUGUAGUUGUGUUCAUAUAAUUCAUGAGUUUGUCUUGGCAGAUAGAUUCCAAAACAUUUUAUAUUGUCUAGAGUGAUUUUAAAUGGAAUUUCUCUUUCUAACUCUUGCUGCUCAGUUUUGUUGGAAAUAUAUAGAAAUGCUGAGGAUUCAUGUGAGUUUAUUUCAUAUCUGUAACUUUAAUAAAGUUUUAAAUUAUUCUA